AUGGUCACAUCGCCCCCGAGCCCGCUCGGCGUCUCGUUGCGCUACUUCCACCACCUCCUCGACGCUUGCGGCGGCCGCAAGAAGCUCAACGGUCGCACCACCGCCCAGGUCUGCUUCGACCACAUCGUGCCACUGACCAAGUCCACCGAGCUCUCGCUCGUUGACCACAUCGCCAACGAUGCGACCACGCGCCAUAUUGUCUAUCUCUUCUUGGAGACCGUCGACAGCCUCGACACCUUCUUCGCCGGCCAAGGCCUUGCUGACGAAGCGGUCCUGUGGUUUUGCGUCUUCAACAACAACCAGCACCUCGCGCACUCGUACCCGUUCGAGUACUGGUCGACGACCUUCAAGUCGCAGCUCGUAGCCAUCGGCAACGUCGUCAUGAUCAUGUACCCAUGGGAUGACCCGAUCGUCUUGCACCUUCUCAUCCAAGAUAUGCUUCGCCCAACGGCGCUCAAGGAUGUGCUGGGGACGAUCAUGAGCGAGGCGUCCGAGACAACCGUGGCAAGUGACGGCAUCGUUGAGCUCAUCCGCACCGAGACGUCGUUCACAGCGUCGAUCAACGCCCUCAAGCAGGACGCAGAGAUUCGCGAUCUCUGUCGCAAGACGUACUUUGGCCCAGCACACUGGGUGAUGAUCUCGGCCACGUCCAGGCUGGGCGGCGCCAGCUACGGCCUCGGCGACUUUGACGCCGCUGCGUUCUGCCCGUGCGCGACGAUCUACAACGUCCAAGGCAAGUUUCGCGCGUCCCGGGCCGUCUUCUCCGAGAACCUCGCGGCCUUGGAGCGUACGCAUGGCGCGCUGCAUGCACACGCGAUCAUUGCGCUUUCCAACAUUGCGAUCGACGACGUCGCCCUCGGUCACUGGAAGCGAGCCCAAGCUAUCCUGCUCGUCGCCGCCUCGCGGUCCCAGCGACAGCCACUGCCGCCAGCCUACGCCUUUUUCCUCUUCAAGUACUACCUCGAGACCGCGCAGGCCUUGUGCCGAGAAGCGUUCCCAGCUGACGACCCGCUCACGACCAACGCGGUGACAUCGCCCUUCCUUCUGGACCCGACAGACAACGAGCUCGCGUCCGAAGCGUGGCCAGAGGAGGUCUGCCGGGCGUGUUACCGACAGCCAACCGGUCGCAUCUACGAGUCGUUCUGCGACCAUGGCACUGACGUCUUUCUCAGCUACGUGCCGCCGCACCGGUACCUCAUGGAGCAAGAUAUGCUGCAGAGUACACCGGAGGCGGCGGCGACGGUGCUCUGGCAAGCAUACGCCGCCUACUGCGCCCAGAACAACCUGCCAGAUGAAGGGCAAGCACGCUAUGCGAGCUUUGAGCCCAUCGACACGCGGUCCUGGCACCCGAUGCGCUAG